AUUUGUGAACGGAUUAGCCCACGUUUGGCGCAUGCAAAUGCUGCAGUAGUCUUGUCAACAGUGAAAGUUUUAAUGAAACUUGUGGAAAUGUUACCGGAAAAUUCGGACUUCAUUGGACAGCUCACGAAAAAGCUCGCACCACCAAUGGUCACAUUACUGUCCGCGGAACCAGAAAUUCAAUAUGUUGCACUGAGGAAUAUCAAUUUGAUUGUGCAGAAAAGGUUUGUAAUCCGUUAA